AUGGAUGUACCAAUGAUUCUGGCCAUCGCAGCCCUUGUUGGGAACUCUCUACCUGGUGCAACUUCUGUGAAGAACAUCUAUUUUAUUGGAUUGUUGCCGUUUGAUGGAGUUUGGAAUGGAGGCCAAGCUAUUUUGACGGGCAUUCAGAUAGCUUUAGACCAGAUAAAAGAAAGAGAAGAUGUACUGCCGGGUUACAGAAUCAACAUCCUCUGGAACAAUUCAAAGUGUGACCCAGGAGAAGGCCUGAACGCCAUGUUCCACCACUUGUACACGCCUCCAACUAAAAUAAUGAUCAUCGGUGGCAUCUGUUCCUUGGUAUCUGAGGCGACGGCGAUGGUGUCAUACAGGUGGAAUGUUGUGCAGGUGGGAAGGUCGUUUGAGGUUGUUUCGAUUCAGCUCUUCAGCCAAUAUGUUGUUGAGCGAAGCAAAGCAUCAAAGUUAUCACCCGGAUCCGUCUCGCCAGCGUUAUCGGAUAAGACGAUAUUUAAGAAGUUUCUACGUACCAACUCCCCAGAGAGUGACAUCAAUCCAACCCGCAUCAACAUUUUUAAGGCGUUUGGAUGGUCAAAAAUUGCCACGAUACAUCAACCAUAUCCACUAUUUUCAGUGAGCACUGACCACUUACUGCGACUGAUGAAACAAAAUGGUCUGGAGAUAGUCAGGUCAGAAAUCAUUGGAGAAAACCCAGCUAUUCAGCUGCAGAAAAUAAAGGAUCACGGUGCUAGGAUCAUCGUGGGUAGUUUCUAUGGCGAUAUGGCUGUUAGGAUUUUCUGCGAGGCUUAUAAAAUAGGACUAUAUGGUCCGCAAAUCGUCUGGUUCAUCCCUGCCUGGUACAAGAAGGAUUGGUGGAAGAUCCGUUAUCCUUCGGUGACCUGUACCGAGGAACAGAUGCGAGAAGCAGUCGACGGCUAUUUUACAGUGUCUCGUAUCCACGUCAAUCCCAAGCCGGAGAUGACUGUUUCAGGAUACACCCCUCAGAAGGUGGAGGAAAUGUACUGGAACCAGGUGAAUCGUUCACUGCCAUAUAAUGACCUUGGAAUUAUCGGAUAUGACGCUAUCUGGACAGCGGCUCUUGCUCUGAACAAAACGGUUGCGGAUCUGAAGAAUAAUGGACUGCAUAAUAUUGAAGAUUUCACCUAUGACGAUGAAACCACUGCAGAUAUUUUGUUCAACAAUGCCCUCAACCUGGACUUCUAUGGUGUACAGGGAAGAAUUCGAUUCAACAAGAAUGGGGAUCUAACCGGGAGGAAGCUAAUUGUUGUGCCCCAUCUCAAAUAUGUUGAAAAGAAGGGCUUGAAAGCUCUCAAUAUUUGA